CCGGAACGGCACUCGGUGGUAAGAACCGUGCACCUACACAUAAACCGUUUAAAAUGGAAUUAAAAAAUAUCUGUGUUCGAUUGCGUACAUCGGAGUAUAACCACGUACACUCGGGCAGUGUUUCAACGAAACGUUAAUAUUCGUGUUAGCAAAACGCAUCAAUCAAAAUAAAUAAUAUACAAGCGAAUAAUCGCCUAAUAAGAAUUAAAAAAAAUGUGAGUGUAUAAAUAAAAAAGAAAUCAUAUUAAAAGAGAAUGAAAUUAUUUAUUUACAUCUGUACAGUGCGAUAAUGUGAUUUGUAACAGUUGGAUAUUUUUCGUAUCUGCAAAAAUUAUUUUAAACAUGAUCAUGGCAAAAAAUAAAGAUAUAAAAACAUUUAACCCUUAGAAGCUCAAGAAAAACGCAAAAAAAUCAUGGGGAAUCUUCAAACAAACGAAGGCGGCAAGUCAGGCUCUAAAGGUGGUCAAAAAUCAGCCACCAAAUCGAAAAUGAGGCUGCUGGGGGGUAAAAAGGGGGCUAAAACCGAAGAAUGGACCAGUGUAGUACCAGAAGAGAACGAAAUCAGUAUCAGGGUCACUCCAGAAAAAGAACCAACACCGCCUGUUGUUAGAACUACCAGCUCUGACUCACACUUUACUCUUGCCCUCAGUCCAGCUGCGUUCAAUCAAGACAUUACCUUCACCAGUGAUAAGAAGAAUUCAGUAUCAACAUCAGCACCGAUUCUGGACAAAGAAGUACCCUUAGCAUCAUCGACCCUAAUUAAUAAGGACGAGAAUCACGAUAGUGGAUCCUUUAGUGAUGUAUUCCAACCACUGAAUAACUUUAAAUUGAAUGAAUAUAGAGCCAGGGUUGACAAGGAAAAAGUUACAAAAUUAAGCAAACUGGGAGUGACAAGAACGUCUCAGAUAAGUCUGGAACAGAAUGGAACAGGUUUUUCGAGUGGUGUGGUUGAAAUAACCGAAAAUGAGAAUGAAAGCCCUACGGGAGAAGAUAAAAUUGGUAUUACUGAUGAAGUUGAUGAUAGUAGAACUACCAACACUUACAAUUCCAUUCCACAAUACCGUCGUCAUAUGUCUGUCCCAUUAGACACCUCUAUUUUGGUGGAUAGUAAUACGAGUACAAAUUUACAGAAAACGCAAUCAUUGAGCAAAUCAGAGUUGGAAGCUCGACUACAGAGGCCUAAAUUUGUUCCGGAAAAGUUAGAUUUUAAACUGUACGAAAAAUUUGAAGGCCACAUGCUUGUCAACUGGUAUCUGUCAGAACUCGCUUCUGACAGUCCAGCAAGAGCCCAACUAGGCGUGACAGAACUGAAGCUGCUAGCUGCCCAAUUUUGCACUCACUUGCUUGCAGCUGGAGUCCUCAAACAGUUACCAGACCCGGGAGUUCCACCAACGAACAUCUUUAGGCCAGAUUGUAUUUACUAUUGGAGCCAUGCAGAAAUACCACAGUCCCAGCCACAAACACCUGGACGGCUCAGCGCACUCUACUGGCCUCCACCAUCGCCAAAUGAAGCUACUUUGACAUCUCCGAAUGAUGUUUCCAAUAAUGUCGUGAGCCUGGCGUCCCAGGAAAUGAAAAGCUCAGCUCGGGAUGUAGAAAUAUUAUCGUUGGAAGAAGAAAUAAAAAGCCUGAGGCAAGAAGUGGAAAAAUAUAAAACGUUGAUCGAAAUUCAGAACUUGACUGCUUCAGCCGUCAAGGACUUCGGAUCUCCUACAGAGUCGGAAAAAACCUUAUGUGAAGCUGUUAACAGCCAUGUAGUUCAGAAAGCUACACUAGCUGCCGCUACGUGGACAAGUUUAAACUGCACUGAAACUGACACCCAGACAAUAUCGAGUGUAAAUAGUGCCAGUACACAAACAGAUAUACCUUGUAUGAUAUGUCAAGAAACUCAAACUGAGGCAGAUUUUGACGUAGAUAAGGAAAAGAAAACUCAACCAGGAGUAUGCCCUGCACCACCACCUCCUCCUCCAAUGCCAGUGGAAGUGGAUUCUUCAGAUCCACCGUCAAAUUCAGUACCUCCACCUCCUCCACUACCUCCACCUCUUCCUGUUACAUUAAACGGAGACCAAUCAUGUAUUCCUGCAUUAUCCUGCAAUGGAGGACCACCACCACCUCCACCAUUACCAGGUCUUUCCGGAGGACUUCCACCACCACCUCCUCUACCUGGAUUGGCUGGACCACCUCCUCCUCCACCACCUCCAUUACCUGGAACAACUGGGGCACCACCUCCUCCUCCUCUGCCAGGAAUGGUUUCUCCUUCUCUGAUAGGAGGUGGAGUCCCGCCGCCUCCCCCUCCAGCAUUUAUGGGCGUCCCACCUCCUCCACCUCCUCCUGGAUUGGGAGGUGAUGGGAAACCACCUCCUCCUCCUCCGCCUGGAGGACCGAUGCCUAUGCCCGCGCCGCCGCCUGGAGGAUUUAUGAUGCAGAAAGCUGGAACCACAAUUCCUCCUUUCCAUUUAGCUACAAGAAAGCCUCAACUCAAUCCUCCUGUACCGAUGAAACCGUUGUAUUGGACUAGGAUUUUGCUUGCUCAAGCUGUCAAAACUCAGGAGGGACCAGCGCUGUGGGACGAAAUCGACGAAGAACCUAUUGAUAAGUUGUCAGAAGACCUUACGAAACUGUUUUCUAGACAGGUUAUUAAUAGGGCACCAACAGUUAAGAAACAGGUACAAAAACCGAAAGUGGAAGUGGUAAAACUAUUAGACAGUAAAAGAUCACAAAAUGUUGGAAUUCUUGCUCAAAGUCUAAGACAGGACUUCAACGAAAUAGAAAACGCAAUUUAUAGUUUUGAUACGUCCGUAGUUAGUUUAGAAGUAUUGCAGCAAAUAUAUGAAGUGAGAGCAACUCCUGAAGAAUUGGAACUUAUUAAUGAGCAUCUGAAAACUCGACCGGAUGUACCUCUUGAUAAGCCGGAACAAUUUCUGCACGAUUUGUCACAAAUUGCUGACUUUUCGGAAAGGAUUGCCUGCCUAACAUUUCAAGUAGAAUUUGACGAUGAAAUAACAACUAUAGGACAUACACUGGACAAUUUUCAGUCAAUAUGUGAAUUUCUUACGAAAAGUCCCGAAUUGAAAAAAGUAUUAUCUUUGGUUUUAACACUAGGGAAUUACAUGAACGGUGGCAACGUAGCUCGAGGCCAAGCCGAUGGAUUCGGACUCGAUGUCCUACCCAAACUCAGGGAUGUAAAGAGUGCUCAAGCCGGAGUAACUUUACUUCACUUCCUAGUUAAUACUUACGUAAGGAGGUGCCAAGAGGACGACAAACCCCCUCCCCUACCUGUACCCGAACCAGGCGAUAUAAGACGAGCCAUGGCGCUGGAUUUUGACAGUUUGAGGGGGGAGCUUAAUCUACUCAAAAAUAAACUUCAAGAAUGCGAGAAAAAGACUGAAAAAAUUAUUACCAACUCUACUCCAGAAAAUUUACAACCUUUCAAGGAAAAAAUGGAAGCGUUCCUGGAAAAAUCGCAAACGCAAUUGUCAACGGAAUGCGAAAAUCUGGAAGAGUGUCACAAACUGUUUAUUUCAACUAUGAAACUGUACUUAUUCAAACCAAAGACAGGAACCUUGGAGAGUUUUGCCCCGGGGGGAUUUUUCGAAUUUUGGUUACCGUUUUGUGUGGAUUUUAAGGAUAUUUAUAAAAAAGAAAUUGUCAAAGUACAAGUAGAAAGAGCACAGGAAUUGAAGCGUAAAGAAUACCACGAUGCCAACUCUACAAAAGAAAGGGAAAAUGGCCUAAAAGCCAAAUUCAAGAAAGCCAAAGCCAGAUUAAAAGACAAAGAAGAAACAGGGAAAACCAGCUAAUGUUGCCUAUUUGUCGCUUACAAAAAGCGGAGAACUAUACUUAAUAUUACAAAAAAAAAUGAUUCACCUGUUGCUAAGAUACAAAUUACCUAUAUAAUAUACGUUGGAUCUGAUUACAGAUAUUGUUUCGAGAGUAGAGAAGAUGAAAGAAAGAUAAAUAAUGAAGAAAGCUUUAACAUUUUUUUGAUUUUAAACGUCGAAUAUUAUUACUAGUUGUAGCUAGCGUUAGAAAUGCUGCGGCGCGAUUUUUUGCUAUUUUACUAGUUGUGUUAAUUUUAUUUAAUGUUUAUUGUUGUAAAUACUACGUUUUUUUAAUGACAAUUAUAAAUAAAAUGUCAAAUAA